AUGGGUGUGAUUUCCACUGCCGGCUAUAACGCCAUCAUAUAUAUGUCCUAUGCGAUGCUUCUCGUGACGGGAUUGCUUCUUGCAUGGAGAUUUGCUACCAAAGACAACUUUUUGUCGAGUAACGGAACUCAAGGCGGUCUUGCCUUGGCCGUUAACUUCGUCGCUUCAGGUAUGUUACUUUAUUUUCAACGUUACAGAUUCCUAUUUUUGGUGGUGCAACGUGCUAGCGGGUGCGGCCCUCUUUUCACAUGA